UGCAGAUGACGUGGAAGAAGCUUUGGAUAUAAAAGAUGAAUUGAAUGAUAAUAUCGGCAAUUCCGUAGUUUUCACGAACUUUAAUAUGAUGUCUAUACCAUCCAGAAAUACCUCAUCACAGCAAGUAGGCAGUGGAGGUGGUACAGGAGGUGCUACUGGUACAACUGGUGCUAGUGCUGGAACAGGGACUGCAGUGACUGCGGGAACAACUGCUACAAUUAUUGGGGUUGCUGUGGGUGCAGUUGCUAUUAUUUCAGCUGUUAUUAUUGCUUCAGUUGUACUGCUUACAGUGUCAAGUGGAAAAAAUUUAAAUGCGACCAGUCUAAAUGAGACAACACAAACACAAACAUCAAUAACUACAUCGACAGUACCACUGACUACUUCUUUACCCAGUACAUCACUUUCUCAUACAACACAACCACAAACAACAAUAGUUAAAUCGACAGUACCAUCAAUCACAUCAUUAACUCGUACAUCACUUUCUCAUACAACACAACCACAAACAACAUUAGUUAAAUCGACAGUACCACCAAUCACAUCAUUAACUAGUACAUUACUUUCUCAUACAACACAACCACAAACAACAUUAGUUAAAUCGACAGUACCACCAACCACAUCAUCAUUACCCAGUACAUCACUUUCUCAUACAACACAACCACAAACAACAUUAGUUAAAUCGACAGUGCCACCAAUCACAUCAUUAACUAGUAAAUCACUUUCUCAUAAAACACAACCACAAACAACAUUAGUUAAAUCGACAGUACCACCAAUCACAUCAUUAACUAGUACAUCAUUUUCUCAUACAACACAUCCACAAACAACACUAGUUAAAUCGACAGUACCACCAACUACAUCAUCACCUAGUACAUCACUUUCUCAAACAACACAACCACAAACAACAAUGGUUAAAUCGACAGUACCACCAAUCACAUCGUCAACUAGUACAUCAUUUUCUCAUACAACACAUCCACAAACAACACUAGUUAAAUCGACAGUACCACCAACUACAUCAUCACCCAGUACAUCAUUUUCUCAUACAACACAACCACAAACAACAAUGGUUAAAUCGACAGUACCACCAAUCACAUCAUUAACUAGUACAUCACUUUCUCAUACAACACUACCACACACAACAUUAGUUAAAUCGACAGUACCACCAACUACAUCAUCACCCAGUACAUCACUUUCUCAAACAACAAUGGAAUCAACCAGUGUGAUUACAACAUCCGAAACAGUUCAAAUGUCAACCAAGAUACUGACGACCGAGGAAACAGGUAUGAAUGUUUUCUCAACAGCACAAACUUAA